UGCUGGGUCCACAGUGUGACAUGGGUCCUUGUACCGCCUCCCAUUGCUCCCACUCUGCCAUGUGCCACUUUCAGGUCUCCUCACACUCCUGCUGGUUUCCAUUUUGUCAUAGGGUGCUGGCAGAUUACGGGCCUCCCAUUGCUGCUGCCAUGGGCCCGUAAUCUGCCAUGGGCCCCGUACCGCCUCCUCAUGCUGCUGCCAGGGUCCAGAGUGGUGUCUCAUGGGUCCCUAUUACGGCCUCCCAUUGCUGCUGCCAGGCCCGUAAUCUGCCCUUGGGCCCCAGUAACCGCCCCUUAUGCUGCUGCAGGCCCAGUAAGUGUGCCAAAAAUGGGGGUCCCCUGUAACCGGACUCCCAUUGCUGGGCUGUCUCCAUCGCCACACUCUGCCAUGUGCCACUUUCAGGUCUUCUAACACUGCCUGG